UACGUGUGGGGUAUAAAAGCGUAUCGUAACCAAGCAACGACAGGCCUGCUAUUUAUCAAGCCGUACCCCCCAAAACACACACCGCACAAUGGCGUAACAAAAGGGCUUUACUCCAUAGAGGUUAUGUCCCACAUUACCCGGUGUUACAGCCUGUUAGGGUCCACCUAUUAAUGACAUCAGGUACCAACGUUUUACCCCCGAAUCAGUCGUUUUCUAGUUGUAGUUUUAUUACAGAGUACCCGUCAUGACGACAAGAAUGGCUAUGAGAUCGCCUUCGGUAGAACCGGGAAAAGUCCACCCAAGUCAGCCGCUCCAUCUCGACAACAGAAUUGCAUAUGGAAAUUUACCGCGCUGGAUAGUAGAUGGUAUGGAUGUACCAAAAGAUGUCCGGAUCUCGCAGAUGUCGUACGCUAAGGAAUUGCGAGCUAACCCACCCCUCUAUGCUGGUAACAGUACCGGCAUCAUUCGAUCAGCUCCUCAACCACGUCCCGACCCCUUGGUCAAACCUCACACCCUCAAGACCCCCUGGGCCGGGGAGGGCGAUGACAGAUAUACCGCAUACAUCUCGAGGAAGCAGUCUGAACCGAACUUAACCGACUCCCCCUACGCCUACUCCGCCUCUCAUCUAGGGGAGCAGCCCAAGCGAUCUUGGAAAUACAACGUGUACAACACACACGCCAAACAGGGCUUUAAGUUUUGGUUGGAGGAGAAGAAACCUAUUAACAAGUCACAGAAAUACACCUUUGGAUCGACAAAAACUUUCCUGGGACUUGGAAAUGGACCGAGAAAUUAGCCAGAAAAUCUACUACCGAUUACUCCUGAUUUGUUGUUAUGAAAUUUCAUUAGUUACUUGUGAACAUUUAAUGAAGAAAAAAGAUGAGAGAAGCUUAAGGAUGGAACUCUUCAUGGUUGAAAGCAGGCUUUGCGACCGUGGAACAUGACUGAACUCCAUCCGUGACGUGACUACAUGUAUUUUGAGAUAAAGCACGUCUUUUGGGUGUUGCAUGAGAUUUCUUCUUAUUUAGAUGCUCUCUUCUGGCUUGAAGCAAGGGUUGUGACGUCGGCUAUCUGAUAGAUACGGACCCACGAUUUGUGUUCAAAUGGUUCCAUGACGCUGAUCUGAAUGAAAUCCCUCGCUGGUUCACUGAAAUUAUCAGAAUCCGCCUACAUUUGUGCAUUAGGUGGAGUGGACCAGAGUUGGGACCACCGAUCGAAAGAUCCAGAUCCGCGUGACACAAACAGCGGGCCAACAAUCGAGAUUACUAUUUUUUGGGUUAUCCUCUUUUUCGAAGUUAUCGUGAUAUCGUCAAUAGCCACUUAGUCUGUUUUUCUGUAUAACUUGCUUGACGAUUUUCGAUGAGGUUCCUAGAUGAGCGCACCUGCCACUACAAAGUUAUCUUUUUUAGGGCCUCGGGUGCUACCACAGGCUUGCUUAUCUGCCCAUGUUUCGGUUAGAGUUCUCAGACGUUGGCCUCGUGGCGCAAUGGUAGCGCGUCUGACUCCAGAUCAGAAGGUUGCGUGUUCGAAUCACGUCGAAGUCACUCGUAUUUUUGGGCUUUCUAAUUUGGGGGGGGGGCCGUUGUUGAAUCAGUUUGCGAACAUAUGGAUGAUUACCUUCAGGUAUGACUUCAACCUCAAGGUAACGUAAGAUCAUGAAGAAAAACGGUGGCGCGUAAUAUUUCUUCUUUUUCAUAAAACAUGCCUUUUGGAUGUUGUAUGAGAUUUCUUCUUAUUUAGAUGCUCUCUUCUUGCUUGAAGCAAGGGUUGUGACGUCGGCUAUCUGAAAGAUACAGGCCCACGCUCUGUGUUCAAAUAGGGAAGGGGUACGCAAGAAUGAGAUGAGUUGCCCCUCUUCCCUCUCGUCAUCUUUCUGUCAAAAAUUUACCGGUGGGCACACGCACCCUUACAGCUUGCAAUAACGUGGCGUGCAUUUUUGGGUUUUUUUGCUAUAAACCUUGUUGCGGCGCGUCGUGCGGUGAGCGUGAAAUUCAUUGCAAGCAGUGUUGAUUUUACGCAACUUGCUGUGCAUUACCAAAGACAACAUAAUUUCAAAUAACAAGAUUUCUAUAAGUAUAGGAAAUGUAUGCAAAUUCAGGUCACAAUGAAAUAAUUUUGUAGCUUUUAGUGUUGUAUACCAAAACACGUCUGACUUAGCAUUUGCAAUUUUUGUGUGUUUGCAUUAAUUACAAUUAUUUGUAAUUAAUCUUACUAAAAGUACGGUCUAUUAAUCUGUUGAAUUUUGGGUGUAAGGAAAACUGGAGGGCGGUAAAAGGUUUAUCUUGCAGAGACGUUGAAAGUCGUCCUUUAAGAAAUCGAUUUCUCUGUAAAUCUCAAAACAGAUUUCUUGAGAUAGACUUUUUGUAACGAAUAAACUAUUUUUACUAUGUGCCUCCGUCGCAGUUGGGUAUCUUUUCGGUAAAAGUACCCACUCGCAUCAAUUUCUCGGGAUUGAAAGUCAAUAGGAUUUUUAUCGAUAGAAUGUCUUUUUUAAUUUUUAAAAAUGUGAAACGCAAAUGUAAUGCCACUUUUGUAUCAUACGUAUUUUAAAUAAACUAACAAGUGCAGUGUGCUUUUUAUAUGAAUGCAAUAAACUUUUCUUUGUCAUUAAAGCAUAUUCUGUAAACUAAUGUA